AUGGCCCGUGAUGGUCCUCUAUUCGUUGGUCUAAGAGGAAAGAAUCAACGUCCGGUAUCAUCAACGGUCUCUUCAGGUCCCAAAGUUAAUAACACAACUCAUGUGAAUUCAAUAUCUCUGAGCGCUGGUAAUCUUAUAGUAGGAGCCAAAGAUAAUACCAAUUUACGUGGUAACGUCUUAAGUACACCGAGUACCACUUUUGUGAAUGAUAACAAUAAAAUCAAUACCAAUUCACCUGCUAUAUUGGCGCCUGAAUCUGCAGGUAUAAUCGAUAAGAAUAGAUCAAGACAAGUGGAAUUGUGUUACCAUGAAUCUAGAUAUUCUAAUGACCUGGUGGAAUUGGACCUUUCCGCAAUUCCAGGAGCAAAACAAGGUGAUUUGUUUGAAAUGAAAACAUAUCGAAAAACCCCCGGCAGUAAAGAUAAAAAAAUCUAUUUUGUUGCCAAAGAUUUUAGUCCAGAUAUUCGAAGAAGGACGAAAAAUGCUCAAAUUUCUAUUCUAUCAGGUCAAUUACAAUCAUUGUUGGAUCUACCGUCACGUUCCAAGGUUUGGAUAAGAUUGAAAUCCAAGAGGUUGACCGAAGCAGAUUUGGUGGAAUUAAACAUUAAAGAUUGUUUGAUCAACAGAGGGGACAUGUGGUGCUUGAACUCCCAAUUAGUAGGUCAAUGUGUGUUUUCAGGUCAAAAAUUGACAUUUUUAGAUACCAUCAGAGCUACGGUCAACGGGAUUUAUCGUGAAGGUAAAAAGACACUUUCGGGAUAUAUUGGUGAAAAUACCAGAGUGGUAUUUCGUUCGGAAUCUGCAAGAUUAAUCUUCUUAAUCCAAAUCACUGAAGAAAUGUGGAAUUUUGAAGAAACUGGUGAACAAUUAUUUCAAAAGAUGGUUAAUUCGUUUUUCCCCAAAAUUUUUAAAAAAUGGAAAGAUAUUGGUACACAUCAUAGUAUUACCAUUGCGUUUGCCGUAUCUAUGGACACUUCGCAUGUACCGUUUAGAGAAUUGGAACCUGGUACCAUUUUAAAGAAUACAACCGACUAUUUCAGAAUUGUAGUAGAUCAAGUUUUAGUUAUCCAUUGGGUGGAAAUCAUGGAAACGUUGCGAAAAGAGUUUCAAGCACUAAGACGAAAUUUGUUAAAUGUUCAGACAGAAGAUGGUUAUAGUGUUGUCAAGGGAAGAUUUUCACCGGUGAUUAAAUCCAAUAUUUUGGAAUUAGUUAAUUUUGCCUCUACAUUAAUCACGGAUCCAUUCAGACAAUCGGACCUGCGACAUACGACUACGCACAUAAUGAUCAUUAGCCCCGGAUCAGGUCUAUAUGACGUGGACUAUGAUUUGCUGAGAUUAACUGGUAAGAAACUUUUGUCAUUGGAAAUGACGAUGGAUCUUAUCUGUCUGUCGCGGGCUCCACUCCACGUAGUGCCCCUAUUCAGGUAUUUGGAUUAUGAAAGCAAGUUGCAUCAUUGUAGCCCAACUUGGUUGAGUAUCUUCUUUUGGAACGAUUCCAUGAAUGGUACCGAUGAUUGGCGUCCUAGGUGUAAGAUUUACGAUCUACAGAUGAUGGGACUCACAGAAAAUGAUGUUUUGGGGAAAAUUGAUAUUGAUUACUUAAAACCAGGCAAGGGUGUGGAAAGCAUUCAACAAUUUAUGGAUCAAUAUGAUACCGACGUUUUCAAUUUUGAGAAAUGUAAUGAUAAUUUACAAAAGGGAAAUAGCAAUUGUGAUAAAUCUGAAGGUGGAGUUCAAUUGAACCAAAAGCAAUCUCUUCAAAACCCAUCGACUUUUGCUUGGAAUGCCCCAAAAUUCUCUACCCCUGUUUUGGAGGACAUUCAGAAACCCAAAGUCUUCGCUGAUUUGUCCACGCAGAGAAGUAGUGGUCUUCGAGACGACGAAGGUUCUGAUAAGAUUCAAUUGAGUGAUAGCGCUUUUAGAACCCAACAAUCUUCAUUGGCGGUUGAUACCUUAAAAGGAAUUACCAAAAAGAAUCUUGUCAAAGACUUGACCCAAAGAAUUGUGGGUAGAAUCAUGCCAGAUCGUGAGGUUAAAAGAGAUAUGAGUACACAUGAACCAGUUGAAGAUCGAACAGAUGGUGUUGAAAGAUCCCCGGUUCAAAAACCAGCAUUAUCCCCUCGCAAUUCCUCAGAACAUGUACCAGUUAUCAAGAAGAAUUUAUCCACUCUGAACCAUCUGGACAAUCAAAACGGCUCACCUUUCGGAAUUGAUGGCUUUCCUCUAUAUGCUUCAGCUCAUAAUUUGGAGUCACCUGUAGAUCAUGGUGCUUCAGAGACAAAACCAUUAUUUACCGUAGAUGACAGAAAAACGCCAUUGCAAGAAUCUGCGGCUCAUAAUUCCGGAUCUUCUCCAACUGAAGUGAGAACGUGGAUUGAAAUAAAGAAUCCAUCUGUCCCAGUUAACGAAGAUCUUGCAGGAAUGAUGUAUCCCACAAGAUGGAAAGAUGUUUUACCAAGGUAUGUUCCCAAGAGGUACAGUAAAUGGAGGUCCUUUACAACACCUGCGGAAUUACCCAUUACGAUUUCAGAUUUUCCUUCAAAGCUGGACUUUGAGAAUAAUUUCUUCUUUAGAAAUCAUUCAGUUAAUCUGAACAUUGAUCAAGAGGCAUAUAAGCAAACUUCGAAAGAUCUGCUACGUAAUAUGAUUUAUGUGCGUCUUUUGGCAGGUUUUCAAUUGUGUGUGGGAGAAAAUGUCAAAAAUGUGGAGCGUUCGAAAGGGGUCGAAAACAACGAAUCACCAGUUGCUAAGUUUAUUGAUGGUACUUGGGUUAAUAUCAGGAUAUAUAUGACAAUUGAUUCUGAGAUUCAUAGAAUCAGUUGUGGUAUGGAUGGUGUCAUCGACGUCCAAAGAUAUAUGAGGAAGAAUGAAGAGAAUCCAUUUGAACAGGUAUCUAGCUAUGCUCCUUUGGUUAAAACUCGUUACGAAAACUUGUACAGAAAGGCAAAGAUCGAUCCAUUGCAUGCUGCUCGUUCGCCUUUGAAUUGGAAUCAGAUUGAUCAGGUGUUGGCAGGAUACGGGGAAUACGGGCUUGAUAAAAAUGAAUGUGGAUUCAGAUCCAAGUUGGUGGUACUUCCCGCUGACAUUCCUACCAAUACAUAUUCAUCUGUUAUAAAUGGAAGAAAUGAAACUUUAACUCAAGAGGAAAUAAGAUUGGAAGGCUUAAAUCGACUAAUAUCUUCAAUAUCCAAAUCCCGCCUGUUGACUGCAAAGGAGAAGCAAAUGAAGAAAAACAAAAGAGAAGAAAUCCAACCAGAGAUUCUAUUUUACACAGGAUCCCUUUUCGAUUUUAUUCGUGAACAAAAGUCGUCUCUGGAUAGAUCAGUUCUAAGUUAUAAGGAUUCCAUCUUUGCAGAUAGGAAGCAGCUAAAAAAAGAUGUAGACAUAAAAGAACUGGCGCAUGAAAUACAACAUGGUAAUAACCCUCUUACCCUGGUCAAUCGGAAAUGGCACUGGAAAAGACAUCAAAAUAGUUUCAUUGGAUCAGAAAUGGUCAAUUGGUUACUGAGAAAUUUAAGUGAUAUUGAUACUAGGGAAGAGGCUGUUGAGUACGGCCAAAGUUUGAUGGAUAGAGGCCUGUUUAAACACGUUUUGAAUAAGCACGGGUUUCUUGAUGGUCAUUAUUUCUAUCAGAUUACACCAUCGUACCUCGUAGAUGCUCGUACUCUCGAGAAGGUAAAUUCUGAUUCCAAAUCUUCUAACGACCAAAGACGAGCUGCAGGGGAGAAUUCGUCAUCUGGUAUAUCUGAAACGAAUGUGCUGCCUUUGACAAUGGUAAACAGUAAUAGCACUUCCAAUAUUUCUAAUGAUAAUCAAUCCGAUACUAGAAAUAACGCUAGUGAACGUCCCGUGAAGUCAUCCGUGAUGUUGAGUAAUUCUUUGGUGAUAGAUGUUGAUCCUGCUGGCAAAUCUUACAAGAUGGAAACUUGUACUGUUCAUUACGAUCGAGUGCAUAAUCCAGAUCAUUGUUUUCACAUCAGGCUUGAAUGGUUAACAACAACACCAAAAUUUCUUGAUGAUUUGGUGGGGAAUUGGUCAAGACUUUGUGAAAGAUAUGGACUAAGAUUAGUGGAGAUUCCUUGGAGGGAACUUUGUACUAUACCUGCGGUAGACCCCUUUCAUUCGUUCGUGGAAAUUCAACUGGCGAUUAACCCUUGGGAAGAUCCUGAGUUUAAGGAUGAAGAGUUGCUCUCCGAGAGUAAAUACUACUAUCAUAUGCACUUACUCCAAGUUUCAGGGUUCUUACUUGAUAAUAGAGCUUCCAAGGUUAUCCAAGACAUUCAUUGUGAUUUUGAAAUAAUGUAUUCUUGGGGGAAGCCUGAGUUUAAAUAUGCCCAAUACAUUCACAAUACAGGUGCAUAUAUUGCAGAAGUGAGAGAAAGUGGUGAAUUGUUUUUGGCUCCCAACAAUAUCUAUAUCUCUAGGGCCAUACCUGGUAAAAUUGUGGCAAAAUCACAAUUUUCCACGCAAUUCGCAGUGGACGCCCAAAAAGUGAUGUUAAACUUCAAGAAAGUUUGCACUAACUAUAAUGAGUUAAGAGUGAUAUUCCUUGACGCAAAGGACAAGUGGCUAAAGGGGCAGCAUGUUGACGAAUAA